AUGAAUAAUCAAUCACCACAACUCCAAUCUAAUAACACAUGUCCCCAAUCACACAAUCAACCACAAUCAAAAUUAUUUGAUUCAAAUUCUUCCCAAUUAAAUAAUAUCCCAAAUCCACCAAAAGAAUCAUCUAUUCCAUCCAAAUUUGCUCCAGCCACCUCUCAAUCAACCAAAUUAUCUGUCUAUCCAACCUGCAAAAGUCCAAUGAAGAAGAGACCAUUGGAAUUUGAAAAUGAAACAACAAAAAGUGAUAGAGAACUUUCCAAAAAACAAAAAACCAAACAUGAAGAAUAUGAAAAACAAAUUAUUGAAAUGGAAAGAUUAAGAAUUGAUAAAGAAAGAGAAGAAAAGAAAAAAUUAGAACAAAUGGAAAGAUUGAAAGAAAUAGAAAGAGUACAAAGAAUGUUUUUUAAAUUGGUCUUUAUAAAGCCAAAUCAUCUAUCAACUACUCAACCGCCUACACCCAAAUCAAUAGAAGCAAUCAAAAUAUUUCAUUAA